AUGUUCAAGGAAAUUGGAGCAGAAGUCGGCCUUGGUUUGAACGACCUCCUCCACUACUUGUAUCAUAAUCCAGGAAUUACAUGUGUUAAAAUUGACUGGUGCUGGCAGUUUGUAUUGGCCUGGCCCCUAGGUACGCCGAAAAAAAGACAAGGCUUUGGUUCUCGUCUCUCACGCGUAGCCGUAGCCGAAGGCUGUGUGGGGUCGGGGUUCGUCUUUGAUGGGUUCAAGAAAGGUUUUCUUUUUGUUGUCGCACGACGUGACGAGCGUUUUCUGUACGACUAUAAACUCGUUUCCAGUGGUUCAGUAUUAGAAUGA